AUGCCGGGCACAACAGGCGAGGCACUGGCUCUCGUUAGCAAGCAGGUUUCCGUGGCGCCGUUGGUACUCCUCAGCUGUGCAGACCACUACAAUCGGAGCGCAAGAGGUACUCGCAAACGAGUCAUCGGCUGUCUCCUCGGGUCAAAUGAGGGCAAGAAAGUCCGUGUGACAAACAGCUUCGCCAUUCCGUGGGAAGAGGAUGAGAAAGAUCCUAAUGUGUUCUUCAUUGACUUCAGCUAUAUCGAGCAGAUGAAAGACAUGUACCGCAAAGUCAAUGCGAAGGAAGUUCUAGUCGGCUGGUACUCAAGCGGCCCUCGCCUUCGGGCGUCGGAUCUUCAGAUCAACGAGGUGUUCAAACGUUGGACGCCGAACCCGCUACUAGUUGUUAUCUCUGUCGAACCUACCGAAGUUGGUGUACCAACGGAUGCUUAUUUCGCAGUGGAUGAAAUUCGUGAAGAUGGUACAGCGGCGUCCAAAACCUUUGUCCAUACCCCGUCAAACAUCGAGGCAGAGGAGGCUGAGGAGAUUGGCGUUGAGCACCUUCUAAGAGACAUUCGAGACGUUGCGGUUGGCACUCUGUCCACGCGUAUUACAGCACAGCUCCAGUCCCUCCAAGGUCUGCACCUUCGGUUGCGGGAGAUUGGCGCGUAUCUCCAAAAAGUACUGGAUGGCGAACUACCUGUGAACCAUGUCAUACUCGGCAAUCUGCAAGACAUCUUCAAUCUUCUUCCCAAUAUCUCGACGCCGCCAGCUUCAAGACCGAACGCCGCAAACCAGGUGGAGAACAGCGAACUUGCCCGAGCCAUGCGUGUCAAAACCAACGAUCAGCUCAUGACCAUCUACCUGAGCUCACUUGUCCGCGCCAUCACUGCUUUCCACGACUUGAUCGAUAAUAAGAUACAGAACCGGCAGCAGGCGGAGGAGCAAGAGGCUAGGAAGGACGAGGAGAAGAAAGAUGGUGAGAAAGGUGAGAAAGACGAGAAGAAGGCAAAUGGUGUCAACGGCGAUGCGAAGAAAGAGCCUGAAGAAGAUGCAAAGGGAAAAGGCAAGAAGAAGAGUUGA